AUGGGAAUAUGCACAUAUACUCUUUCCAAGCUUUGUACCAAUCCACAUCUCUGCCAUAUUUUAACAUUGAAGCAAAAAAUGAGCAUCGUCAUGGGAUUACAACAGUAUCAUAUAUACAGAAAGUUAUGGUGGAUGUCUAUAAUCAUGAAAUAACAAUUGUUAAAGCCGAGCUUAGUCGAGUUUUGGUGGACGGUAUCUGGAUAAAUCUUCCAGUAUUCUUGGUCAAUGGAUCUCUGACUGUUAAACAAAGUGGUCGAUAUGUUGUCCUGGAGACUGACUUCCAUCUCGCUGUGUCUUAUGACACUGACCAUACAGUGGAUGUAAAGAUCCCAACUACAUAUUUCAGUAAAAUAUGUGGAAUGUGCGGCAACUUUAAUGGCAUUCUGCAGGAUGACUAUUUGAUGCCCAAUGGACAGCUAGCUCAGAACUCUAUUCAGCUGGGAGAUAGUUGGAAAGUGGAAUAUGAUGAUCCAUUAUGUAACUCAAUUGUUCCUACACCACCGCCAUGUCCACCAGAGAGAAAAGAACUCUAUUCAGACAAUCAGUUCUGUGGUUUGGUAACCAGCAAAGAUGGUCCUUUCAAGGCUUGUCACUCAGUAAUCAAUCCAGAUCGUUUCUUUGACAGCUGUGUUUUCAAUCUGUGUGCACUUGGUGCUGGUAGUUUAUGUAAAGUAUUAGAAGCUUAUGCUGAUACCUGUCAAAGGGCAGGAGUUAAACUUGCUUGGAGAAACUCUACUUUCUGUCCUCUCUCAUGUCCUGGCAACAGUCAUUACAAUCCAUGUGCCAGUGCUUGCCCUGCCACAUGCCUGGACCAGCGUAUACCAAGCAACUGUAAUAAGCCUUGUACUGAUGCUUGUGAAUGUGGUAAUGGCUUUGUGUUCAGUGGGCACAGUUGCAUUCCCAUUAGUGAAUGUGGGUGCUUUUUUGAUGGCAAAUACUAUCAGAAAGAUGAGACGUUCUGGCAAGGGCACUGUGAAAGUUACUGUACAUGUGAAGAAAACAACCAAGUGAACUGUAAACAGCAGACUUGUGCACCUAAUGAAGUUUGUCAAGUCCAAAAUGGAAUUAAGACAUGUGUACUAACAGCCACAAGCACCACCAUGACUACUACAACCACAACUACCACAACCACCGCUACUCCUCCAUCCACUGUGCCAGGAUACUGUGAGGUUAGUGGAGACCCUCAUUACUACACCUUUGACAAUCAGGUUCACCAUUUUAUGGGAACUUGCACCUAUACAUUAUCUAAACUCUGCAAAGUUGAGGGUCAUCUGGCAGAAUUCAAUGUCAAAGCAGCUAAUGAGCUUCUAGGACGCAACACCAGAGUGUCUUAUGUCAAGUAUGUUAAUGUUGAUGUACAUGGACACAGUAUCACACUAGAGUGGAACAGAGAAGUCAAGGUGGACAACAAUGUGGUAACCUUACCAGUAUCCCUACAUCCAAACAUUAACAUCUUCCUUAGUGGACAUGAUGUACUGGUGACAACAGCAUUUGGAGUAAGUGUGAGGUUUGAUGGAAACCAUAGAGUGGUGAUAACUAUUCCAGGAGAAUAUGCCAACAAAGUAUGUGGAAUCUGUGGAAACUUCAAUGGAAACCAAACUGAUGACUUCUUAAGCCCAGGUGGUGAAUUAGAGCCAGACUCUAACAGUCUUGGUAACAGCUGGCGGGUGGACAAUGACAUAAGUUGUACAUCUGGAUCAGAACAUGAGCCAAGUUGUACUGUAGAUGAAAAGAAUACCAUUUCCAGCAACAGUUUCUGUGGAAUAAUUACUAAUAAGAAUGGUGCAUUUAAAGAAUGCCAUGAGGUUAUAAACCCACUCAUCUAUUUCAACAACUGUGUCUAUGACCUGUGUGAACUGAACCUGGAUCCAGAUACCUUGUGUGAUAGUCUUCAGUCCUAUGCACAGUCCUGCCAGUCCCAUGGAGUAAGAAUAGGUCCCUGGAGGAAUGACUUUUUCUGCCCUCUGAAGUGUUCACCAAACAGCCAUUACGAGCAAUGUGGAAUAGCCUGUCCACCAACUUGUGUCAAUCCAGGAGCACAACUGAAUUGCCAUCUCCCCUGUACAGAAUCCUGUGUCUGUGAUCCUGGCUAUGUCCUGAAUGAUAAGAAUUGUGUCCCAAGCCACCAAUGCUAG